UCCAGUAGCCUCGAUCCCCGCGUGCAGCCAUGGAGUCCAGCCCGCGCUCCGCCGUGCCGCCGAGCUCGCUGGAGCUGCGUCCCCUCGACGAGGCCUCCAGCCGCUUCCAGGUAGCCAGGGUGGACCGCGAGGCAGCCAGCGCCACGGACGAAGACCCCGAGCAGGGGCUGGCGCCCAGCGACAGUUCCUACGUGUAUGACACGCGGUAUGGGAAGAGCCUGGGCCAGCUGACCAGGGAGGUGCCGCCCCGUUUGGAACACUACCGUGACCUGUCGGUGCGGCAUGAGAACCGUCCCACACUCGAAGAACUGCACGAGGGUUGCGUCAGAGAGAAGGACAAUCGCGAGGGAGAAGAUGAGGAAGAAAAAAAUAAGAAAGGAAAAGUCAUUAAAUUCGGCUGGCUUGAAGGCGUGUUUAUGCGAUGCCUGCUCAACAUAUGGGGUGUCAUGUUGUUCCUGAGACUCUCCUGGGUCAUCGGACAAGCAGGCAUGGGGGAAGGCGUGACGGUGAUAUGUCUGGCCAACGUGGUCACCCUGCUUACCACCAUCUCCAUGUCAGCGGUCUGCACUAAUGGCCAGAUAAAAGGAGGCGGCGUGUACUACAUGAUCUCGCGCUCGCUGGGGCCAGAGUUCGGCGGCGCCAUCGGCCUCAUGUUCACGCUCGCCAACUCCAUAGCCGUGUCCAUGUACGUGGUGGGCUUCUGCGAGUCCCUGCAGGACCUGCUGCGCACCUUCGGCGUCGUGCUCAUCGACGGCGCCGCCAACGACAUCCGCGUGGUGGGCGUCUGCACGCUGGUCGCCAUCCUGGUGCUCGCCGUCGUCGGCAUGGACUGGGUCACGCGGGCCCAGAUGGUGCUGCUGGUGGUACUCAUCGCCUCGCAGAUAGACUUCGUCAUCGGAAGCGCCUUGGGCCCGAAGAGCGACGAGGAGGUCGCGAAGGGGUUCGUGGGCUACAACAUGGCGACAUUCAAAGAGAACCUGCCGGCCGACUACCGCUACUUCGAGGGAGUGGACCACAGCUUCUUCUCCGUGUUCGCUGUGUUCUUCCCAGCGGUCACGGGCAUCGUGGCGGGCGCUAACCUGUCCGGGGACCUGAAGGAUCCUAGCAGUGCCAUACCGAUAGGCACUCUGCUGGCGAUCCUGGUGACGUUCGUGUCGUACGUGGGGUACGCCUUCAUGAUGGGCUCGUGCAUGCUGAGAGACGCCAGCGGCAACGUGACCGAGUACCUGCAGGUCCGGUCAGAGGGCACGGACUAUCUAUACAGCUCCUUCAGCAACUGCACCACGAGGUCCUGCCGAUACGGACUCCAAAACGACAACCAGGCCAUGGAGCUGGUGUCGUGGUGGGGACCGCUGAUCUAUGGAGGCUGCUUUGCCGCCACUCUGUCGUCGGCCAUAGCCAGUCUGGUCGGAGCUCCGAGAGUACUUCAGGCACUUGCCAAGGACAAGUUAUACCCUUUCAUCGGAUUCUUCGCCAAAGGCCACGGAGCUAACAACGAUCCAGUGAGGGGAUAUCUUUUGGUUUUCAUCAUUUCUUUAGGAUGCAUUCUGAUUGCGCAGUUGAACUCCAUUGCUCCACUUCUGUCCAAUUUCUUUCUUGCUGCAUAUGCACUCAUCAAUUUUUCAGUAUUCCACGCAUCUAUUUCCAAGAGCCCAGGCUGGAGACCAGCGUUCAAGUACUACAACGCCUGGGUGAGUCUGCUUGGAACUCUGCUCUGCAUCGCCGUCAUGUUCCUCAUGUCCUGGUGGACUGCUCUCAUCACGUUCUUCGUGGUGAUCACGCUCUACCUUUAUGUCUCCUACAGGAAGCCAGAUGUGAACUGGGGCUCCUCCACGCAAGCUCACUCCUACAACUCGGCCCUGAAGUCUCUCCUGGAGCUGAACCGCGUGGAGUUGCACGUGAAGAACUACCGCCCUCAGCUGCUGGUGCUGACGGGCAUGCCAGGCACCCGCCCGCCUCUCGUCGACUUCGCCAACAUGGUGACCAAGGGGUUGUCUCUGCUGCUCUGCGCCAACAUCAUCGAGGGAAACCACUCGCAAAGAGUGCACGAUGCUUUUUCAAGCAAAGCUUACCAGUGGUUCUCGCAGCACCGGGUGAAGGCUUUCUUCACUCUGACGGAAGGUGACUUCGAGACUGCUUCGCAAGCCUUCAUGCAGCUGUGCGGUGUCGGCAGGCUGCGUCCCAACAUGCUGCUCAUGGGCUACAAGAGCGACUGGCAGACGUGCAACAUCGAAUGCCUCAAGCAGUACUUCAAUGUCAUCCAUAAUGCUCUGGACCGCUACCUCGCAGUUGGAAUCCUGAGGAUGCCCAGUGGCCUUGACUACUCCAAACUCAUACUGGAUGAAGAAUUUGUUCCUGUGUCAAAACUAGACAAAAAGGCAGAACGGGAAAAGCUAAUCAGAAACCAAUCUUCAUGUCAUCUUUCACAAGUGACCGACGCGGUGACCAUCGAGCCAGAGACCCCGGACACGCCACCCUUGUCGCCGCUCAUAGCGCGAGCUGGCACCACUUCCAGCCAGGACAUCAGGAGGCUGAGGAAGAAGAACAAGACUGCGUCGGCAAACACGUACCUGGGGCCAAGCGGAGAGUCCCUACCGCAAGACAUCCUGGACCAGGUGACGGUGUUCAGAAGGAAACAGCCCAAGGGCUACAUCGAUGUGUGGUGGCUCUACGACGAUGGAGGUCUCACACUGCUGAUUCCGUACAUUCUCGUCACGAGAUCGCAGUUUUCUGGAUGCAAACUGCGAAUUUUUUCUUUGUCUCAAAACAAAGACCAACUGGACAAGGAUCAAAGAAAUCUCGCUGCUCUGCUUUCCAAGUUCCGUAUUGACUACAGUGACGUUAUAUUGAUACCAGACAUUGCCAAGAAAGCUCAAGCAGAAACCAAAAAGGAGUUUGAAUCAUUGAUUGAAAACUUUCGACCAAACAGCAAAACAUUUUGUGGUGACAACAAGGCAAUGAUCACAGAUGCAGAACUGUACAGUUUGAGGGAGAGAACAAACCGGCAUAUGAGGAUACGAGAGCUCUUGAAGCAAUAUUCUCUAGAGUCUACAUUCAUCGUUAUGUCGCUACCCAUCCCUCGGAAGGGGGUCGUGUCUGCGCCCCUGUAUAUGGCAUGGCUGGAGAUGCUGACCAGAGGCAUGCCACCUUAUCUCAUAGUCAGAGGGAACCAGACUUCGGUCCUCACCUUCUACUCGUAACAGCAGCCCACCUGGAGCAGCCGUGCUUGGGCCAUGUAGAAACUGCUUAGCUGUCACCAAGAAUCCUUGUCGUUUAUAAACAGUAUUCGCACUUAAGUUGUAAGUGAAUGAUACUUGUGUAGUAAUGGGACUUUAAGGCAAUAAAAUGGGUUUACACAAAUGUGCCAUACAUAGUGACAGUAACAGAUUAAAAUGUUUCAUUAUUGCAAUAAAGUAAUAAUACAAUCAAACAAUUGCA